AUGAAAUACCGCGCAGCAGAUAAUGGCCACAGGGGCAUCUACGCCCCCUUGCCGCUCAUCAACAACGAACGUCUCAAACUCGAUACAACGACGCCGUUCAUCCCUCAUUACGUCAAGAGCAGUGUCACCAGGUCCUCCGAUCCUGCACAGGCCUACGCGAGUCGCGUUCAAGGACGCCAGAUCCUCCUUGAGAACCCUGCCCGCGGCAGUAAAGCCAAGAAGGAGCGAGAAGAGAAGCGUGCAAAGCGUACUGCCGAGCGUGUGCGGCGGGUCGCGGGGGUUAUCAGCAAGCAGGAAGACAGGAAGCGGGGCAUAUGGAAGCUGAGAAAGGAGGAGAGGAAGUUCCAAUUGUUUCUUCCUCUGCACUUCCUCUGGCUAGGAUACAUGAAUGAGCUGCUCUCACUAUCGCCUGAGCCUGCGGCGCUCGGCAUGGACCCUAGCUCAGCUAUGCCGGCUGCGGCAGGCAUGCAUGCCAAGCUCAUCAAGGCUGACUUCCAUGGUGCGAUCGUAACAGUGCGGCAAAGCAGGAACCCCUGCCUCAUUGGACUCUCCGGGAUAGUCGUGCACGAAACGGAGAAUUCGUUCAAGGUGAUCACCCGGAAAGAUGAGCAGAAGUUGUUGCCGAAGCAGAACAGCAUUUUUGUGUUCGCCGUUCCGCUCUAUUCCACAGCUACGCCACAAGUCGUCCGUUCUACGGAUGACACACAGACGACGAUCCUGGACAUGCCCCAUAUCGAGUUCGAGCUCUAUGGAAAUCACUUCUGUUACCGCGCGGCUGAGCGCGCAGGUCGGAAGUUCAAACACAAGGAAACAAUAGAACUGUGAUCUUCUCUCUCACGAUCCUGGUGCGGACGUUGCUACCAUACUUUGCAUCCAUGUAUAGCAUCUUCGUACCCCUGCUCCGCUGACUGUCGGUACAACUCGUGCGCUUGACGUAAUCGCAGCAACUCAGAGGUCCUGG